AUGGCGUCAAAUGACCUGUGUACUCUCUGCCGCGGUCUGAAUGUCGACUCGCUUUCCAGCCCACGAGGCUACCAACACUGGGAAACAUUCGACCAAUUGUUAGACAGCACCAAGACAUGCCCAAUGUGCAAAAUCAUAUCUGAUGCGCUGAAGGAGGAUGCCAAUGACAACUCCGAGCCAAGGAGCCUCCUUUGUCGGCUUAGAGUGCCAGGGGAAGGUAGAUUUGCCUACGCAGAACUAGAAGUUAUGGGAUGGCGCCGACAGGGCCUUGUACGAGUUUAUACUACGGGUGACGAACAAGAUCCUGCCGUCACUGCCAGGGUGCAACCCAAGUUCCAGCCUGGGACCGACCUUUGGGACAGUUUCAGCACUACUCUAGCCGGCGUCUACAUGCAUGGCUGCCUUCAGUCACACACUUGUGGCGAUCCAUUCCGUUGGUCCGAGGAGACAUCUACGUCCCGCGACGGACAAGCGUCCUCAAAUGGGGAGCAGGAGGAUCAAGCUAGCUCAUUAUCGCUCGAGGGACUUAUCAAUUCAAUCCCAUCAUAUGAGCUCGAAGUCACCGUCCGGUCUGAGGCUGAAGGAACUGAAGGAACAUCGAAUACGCCAGUAGAAGACAGAGGUAGCACCUCAAUUGGGGUUGGAAAAAUGCUCGAUUGUCUCCCCGCCCGUUUGAUCCAUUUGUCCGCGUUUGGCAAGGAGGAAACUGCUGAUGCCUGCCUUAUUGAAAUCAAGACUUUGAGUCGAGCCCAGGGAGGACACUACCCUUAUGCUACUCUCAGCUAUUGUUGGGGUCCACACUCCGAACAGAUGUACAAGACAACGACCAAGACGCUCGAGUCGCGAAAGGAUAGAAUUUGCUGGACGGACCUUCCUCCAGCGUUCCAGGAUGCUUUUCGGGUUGCCCGAGGACUCGAUGUGCCAUUCUUAUGGAUCGAUGCGAUUUGUAUUCUACAAGAUUCGGCCGAAGACUGGGAGAGGGAAUCUAUGAAAAUGGGUGGCAUAUACGCGACUGGGUACGUGACAAUCGCGGCAGACGUUGGAAACUCUGUUACUGAGGGAUUUCUGGACAUACCCCCAACAGAGGCCGAGGAUGGGUUGCCGUACUUGACCAAAAUUACUAGUACCCUCGAGAGUGGGCAGCAAAGCACGCUCGUUUUCUGGAAUGCGCACUCCGUCAUGCCCGGAAAUACCUAUACCCCACCAGCGAUCGAACAUAGCCCGUUGUCUCAAAGAGCGUGGUGCAUGCAGGAAAGAAUGUUGUCACCCCGGACCUUGCAUUUCACUCGGAAGGGACUCGUUUGGGAAUGCCGAAAAAUGUAUUUGGCCGUCCAUAUGAUCUCCACGGUUGAUGAGCCUUCAAUGACAUUUACCCUCCCUGCGGUUCUCCAGUAUCUCGAAAAUGGCAUGGAGGGUGGUUGGGGCAUGAAGUUUCCUCCAAUCGAGCAGCUUGCUACCCGUGAGCAGCUUCUUGACAUGGGAGAAGACAUCUUCGAUCUUUACCACCAGAUCUUUGCAACAGGAGCAGCUGGAUAUGGGACACAUGGAAGAACAAAAGAACUGGAGACUGGAAAACAAGCAGACUUCGUAUCCUGGUGGAAUCGAAAUAUCGUACCGGACUACACUAGCCGCCGGGUGACCUUUCAAAAGGACCGGCUCCCAGCUAUAUCCGCCGCCGCGAAACUCUUCCACGAGUAUAUCCAGUCGCCUUAUCUUUCGGGGAUUUGGCUGGCCGAGCUCGAAGAAGGACUCGAAUGGAGAAGAGGCGGUCCAACGUGGUCGGACGAAAAGCUCGCCAAACACCCACAGUUUUCAUGGACCUCUCAUCCAGGGCGCGUUGAAUAUCCGGACACAGUCAACGUGAGAGGCCACGGGAAGGCUUUUGACAUCAUUAGCUAUCAAGUGAAUCAAGCAAACAAGGACCCUUACGGUGAAAUCACGUCUGCGGAACUUGUUCUCCGCGGCCACAUUCGCCGUGCGUACCUUUCUACAGACUUAGGUGACAACAGUGGCGGCUCCUACAGGAUCCAAAGAUUCCUGCUUGAUAAGGAAAAUGGUGUCAAGAUCGGUGAAGUUGACCUCGAUCUAGACUACAGCAGGGAAAAACUCGACGAGGGAGUGCACUGCUUUAUGCUCUACAAGCACUCUGUCGGUUACCCAAGGUUUCUUUUGCUGUCAAAAAAUGAGGCUCAUAGUGACAAGUAUUCGCGAAUUGGAAUUGGCUUUGUUCAGAGGCAGCAUGCAUCUUGGUUGAUAGACACCGAAACUCAAAGUCUCUGUCUUAAGUAG